UACUCCCGGGAUGUCUGUCCCUCCCUUUGUUCCCUGAUCAGAUGUUCUCUUAGUCAAUAGACCUCCGGAGCUGGGUGCAGCCGCCAACCUGCGUCUGCCGCGCCCCCUCGCUCGGCCCCCUCCGAGCUUCCGGAAAACGGGCGGGUCCCCGGCAAUGCUGUCAGCGCCCCUGCCCUCGGCCUGCGCCCCCUCCCCGCUGACCUCACGGGCGCCGCCGUCGGGAGCGCAUAUAAGCCGCGGCCCCUCGGAAGAGCGCGCAGUCCACGCGCGAUCCUGAGGGCUGCAGACUCUACUCCUCCAGUUCGCACUCUGCAGCUCAGUAGCUCGGACUGCCCGGCGGAGUCCCCACUUCGCAGACACCACCAUGCCGAGCCCUUGGCUGCUGCUGGCUCUGGCUCUGAUCUUCACCCUCACCGGUAUCCCUGAAUCCUGUGCCUUGCCAGAGGCAGCCCAGGAGGAAGGUGCGGCGACUCCAGACCUUCCUGGCCUGGGAAAUGUCCACAUCCGGCCAGAACGUCGAUUCUUGCCGAAAGACCUUCAGCGGGUACGAGGGGACCUGGGUGCAGCCUUAGACUCCUGGAUCACGAAGCGCCAGCACCCAGGCAAAAGGGAGGAGGAAGAGGAAGGACUUGAAGCUGAAGAGAGGGGGGACUUGAGAGAAGGGGGUGCCUGGAGGAUCCACAAACGACAGCACCCUGGCAGACGUGCCAACCAGGAUAAGUACUCACGGGUAGACGAGGAGGAUGGUGACUGGCUGCCACCAUCCUGGUUACCAGAUUUCUUUCUGGAUUCCUGGUUCUUAAAUGUCCCCCAAGUUAAGCGGCAGCACCCCGGCCGGCGAUCGCUUCCUUGGAUGGAGUCUGAUGUCACCAAGAGGCAGCAUCCAGGCCGAAGGUUCAUAGAUCCCAAGCCACAAAGAAGCUGGGAAGAACAAGAAGAGGGAGAGGGUGUUCCCGUGCCUGAGAAACGCCAGCACCCUGGCAAAAGGGCAUUGGGUCACCCUUGUGGGCCCCAGGGGACUUGUGGCCAAAUAGGCCUGCUCCAGCUCCUAGGUGACCUGAGCAGGGGCCAGGAGACCCUGGAGAAGCAAAGCCCACAGCUGGAAGCCUGGGACAGGGAACCUCUAUUGGAGGAGUAAGCCUAGCAGUGGGCUUCAAGUCUAGGAUGACAUAAGCCCUGUGUGCCCCAUCCCAUUCCCUUCAUCAUCUUUUCCAUCUUAGACGCUAAACCUGAGCCCUCUGUACAUAGUGUCCACCCAGUCCCUUCCUUGCCCACUUCAGGGACUCCAGGAAGCCAGUCAAGAAGUUAAAGACGCUGGGUUGGGGGUAUCUCAGAGCGCUUGUUCCCAAUUGUUCCCACAGUCCUGCACCCCGUCAGUGCUGGCCCAAGAUUGUUCUUCUACAUCUCCUAAAGAACUUCCUCGGAAAAGAGUGGGGUUGAAAAGUUUUGGUGUUAAAAUCUAACUUCUGUCCUCUGCCCCUUGUGGCAAGACCAACCUGGUAUAACUUGAGCACAUCCCCUAAGGCUGAGGGCCCUAAGCUUGGGAGAUAUUCAGAUAUGCCCUAGGGGAGGGGGGUCACAUCUUGUAUAUAACCCUGCUCUUGUUCAUCUCGAUGACAAUAAAAUAUAUCCAGGUCAUUUGUUCCUCUGC